AUGGCGGCAGACCCUACAGCGGACGAGGAGCCCUCGUACAUCGACUACGAAACCUUUCUUGAUCCUGAUUUCUCCCCCGCUUCCUUUGCCAACUCGCUCGUUGUCUCGACCAACAACCCCAACGACACGCCCCUCGACCUCUCCACGCCUCUAUCCCGCGUUCUUUUCGAUGCCCAAGAGAUUGACUCGCAUAUCGACGUCCUGACGACUCGCUCGGCGGUGCCGCUGCUCAACUACACCCAGCAACAGACCCAAGCUUCCAAGCAUAUCGUCGCCGAGUUGGAUGGCCAAAUCAAGAGUCUCAACGACAGUUACCGCCAACUCGAGAAGGAGGUUAUCGAUAAGCAUGCUGAGGCCGACGAAGUUCGACUUGUGGCUCUCAGGCUCUGGGAGACACUGAAGCUUGGUCGAUCGGUAGGACGCUGUCUGCAGCUUGGUCGACAGCUGGAGGUCCAGCACUCUGAGCUUGAACUGCCUGGAAAUGGCUCUGGAGCGUCUGGCAAGGAAGACCAUCGAGCUCUUGUACGAUGCGCCUACACCAUCCUGUCGCUUCGAGAGGUUCUUGACCGCAAGGCCCCAGGUGAGGAGGGGUUCGGGCUGAACCGAGUCGACACAGUCAGAAGCCUGCAGGACACCGUCAUUACGCCAAUCGAGCGAUCAGUUCGUGAACGUGCGGAGAGAAUCAUUCGCGAGUUCUCGGUCCAGUCCGUUUCAACCUUUGCUCAGGUCGACGAGACCAAAUCCAGGACUGUGUCUGCUCUGACUACCCUGUAUCUCUUGUCGCCAACUCUUGGCUUCAAGCCUGAGAAGUGGACUCCACGACUACUCCUUCAGGCUCUCGAGACGUUUAUCCGUUCGGCGCUGCAGGCAAGCAUCACUGCUCUGUCUCGAUCCCUGGGUCAGUUGCCGACGUUGGAAAAGUCGUUGAGCGAAGUAAUGGCCAAAUGUCAGAACAUUGUCUCUCUUGAGGCUGUGCUUGAGUCAACAAAACCACCAAGUCAUCCCUUGCUCCUGGCUGCUAACCAGCCGAGCCAAACAAAUCUCCUUCAGUUCCUCCUCGCACAUCUCGAGACAGGAAGUCUUGCGUCGUUUUUCUGGAGGACAAUGGCUAGCAGCCUGGCCACACGUGUCCAGGAUAUUGUGAACCGUGGAGGUGUGGUGGCUAGGACUCUCCGCACAAACAAGAACACAGUCGGCGACGCAAUCCGCCAAGCUGUAGUCAAGGGGUCACAACUACACAGCGCCCUCGCCGGGCCCAAGGCAAGGACAAAGGUGGAUGCGAAUUGGGAUCGGGAGGUGGCCGUCAUGGUGGGAAGUGUUGUAAACAACUUGGGUCGCUGA